AUGAGUGAUUCUCAGAGCCAGGAGCGCCCAGCCAAGCGCCUCAAGCUGGCGCCACACCCGCAGCCUGCUGCUCCUCAGCCUGGCCCUCAGCUGCGGUUCAUCAAGCCCGUGCCGUUUCCCAGCGUUGUGGCUCCUCCUAGAAGCAUGGUUAACGUGCCUCUUUCAUGGGUAAACGUUGUAUCGACUACCCGACCGAAGCGUGCACGUGUGCGUGAGCCCGAGCCCGAGCCUGAAGUUGGGCCUGAAACUGAACCUGAACGUGAGCUUCGACAUGGGCGCGGCCGUGGUGGUGGCCGUGGUGGCCGUGGUGGCCGCCGUAAACGUGCCCGUGGAUAUGCAUCUACUUCCGAAUCUGGCACGCCCCAGACAGAAGAAGCUGAGCCUGUGGGUGAUGCAGAACUAGAGACAGCCUCUUCUCCGGCCCCAUCUGAAUCUGUAUCUUCGCAAAUGUCGACCCAAACUUCGACUAAAAUGUCUCCUGAAUACUCGCCCGAGGCGUCUUCUGAGGCAUCUUCAGAGCUGUCUUUUGACAUGGUUUCUGAGGCAUUGUCUGAGGCAACCUAUGAACCGAUGGAGCUGGAAGCGACAAUACCGAUGGCGACAGUAGUCAUGUCUCAAGAUAUCAAUGCAUCAUCGCCGCUCACAGAAUCCACCCUUUCCCCAUCUUACUAUGAGGAUUCACUAAGCCAUGCCGAUUUCCCUGAGUUACAAUCCCACUUGCUGGGAGAUUUGGCGGAAGCUUUGGCUGAAGAAUUUGCUUCCCCGGCUGCCGAGCAAGCCUCGCCAUCGUCAACUGAAGGCGAGCAGCACAGCAGUCGUAAGCCGCGGCAUGGAUUUGUCAGCCCAUUCAAGGACUGCUUGGAUACUUUCGGAAAGCUAUCGUCACUGCGGUUCAAUCGUCCCACAGACGGCACGGUCAAUUCGUAUAUCAAAUUCAAUUGGCCCAAGCAUGAUGAGCUGUACAGUCGACCAUCUUCUAAAUCUGCUGCCACGCAGUACGGCGAAGAUGACGAUCAAAACAAACAUGUCAGGCAAUUGAGUCAGUCGUCCUCAACCUUGAUUGCUACAAAACUACUCUACAAUCAAGCAUCUCCCGAAAGCACGUCGGAGCAGUUCUAUUCGGAACAGCUGGGGAGAUACAGUCGGUCGCCUUCACUUCCAAGCAGCAGCGCGUCGUACUCUGUAAACUUGAGCCCUUCCAACCCGAGUUCUUAUGCCCGCUCGUGGGAUCAACGAAAUCUCCAGAUAUUGCGUCAAAUGACGGAAUAUACUGUCCCUAAGCUCCCGUCGCAUUUCGGGUUCGUUUCUCAGAUGGAUGAUAUGGAUAGGCGCUUCUUUUACUUUUAUUUUGCUUGCAUGGAGGGAAGCGAGGGCGUGCGAAGCGCGAUCCAGAGUCUGGCCGGCGUAUAUGUGUACGAUUAUCAACCGUUGGAGAAAGUAGCUAAGCGGAUCAAUCUUCGCUAUCGCCAGGCUGAGGCUCGCUUGAGCCAGCUUCUCGAAAGCACAGACCUCAGUGUCGACGAAGCAAGUGAGCUGAUUACCAUUUUAUGUAUUAUGUCGAUGCAUGAUUGGAGCAACACGCCUCUAUCCAAUCCUUUCGAGGUCGCCCAGGUCCAAUCUCAGGCGAUUGAAUGGGUUCGCGCCGCUCCGGAAGGGUACAUGGUCGGCAAUACCACUGAGAUGACCGAGGUCACCGCAGAAGCCUGGAGAAUUACAGCCGUUAUUUACUUACAAUGUCGCGCUCUAAGGCUACCUCGAGACCAUCCAGACGUAAUUGCAAAUCUGAGUUAUCUCGCUAAAUGCAUCAGCAUCAUGCCAACCUCUGGCUACCAAUUCACCGCCCAGGCUCCUCUAUUCCCAGUCUUUCUCCUGGGCAUGCUCGCCACUGUCGCUGAACAUGCCGGCGUUGCGCAAAAGUGGUUUGACAGCGUCACCAGCGCGCCAGUGAGAAGCAGCGUGCCUCCACUAUAUGAAACGUUAAAACGCAUUUGGACGUGGAUCGACGACGAGCCGAGCAUUGUCGUUGAUCUCGAAUCCCUUGAUGACGACAUCGCCAACAGAUAUCCAUGGUGGGAGCAUCUAAUUCAACGCGUGCAGGAGAAGGAACAAGAGAUUCUAUGCCUAACUUGA